AGUACUAUUCUCUGGAUCACACAACACAGCAAGCGAACAUAAUGCUGUUGGUUCACUUCGCUGUACAAUUUCUGAUACCUAUGAGCCUUUUUGUGAUAGGGUAUAAUGGAAACAAGGUCAGGCCAUUUCUGAAAUACUAUGAGACGGCAUCAUAUAACAGGGAUGAUAUUUUUAAAGAUCAUCUAAGAUCAAAAAGAGCUACAAAUCAAGAACAAAACCCAAUGCAGCUAGAGAUAUCUGGGUACAAUAGGAAAUUUGAAAUGAUGUUAGAGAGAGAUAGAAGUGUAUUCACAGAUGAUUUUAAAGUGAUAUCUGAUGAUACAUCCAUACCCUUGGACAUUUCUUUUUUGUAUUCAGGCAAACUAAAAGAUGAAGAGGAUUCAUUAUGUCAUGGAUCGGUGAUCGAUGGCUAUUUUCAUGGGUCUAUCCAAACAAGAAAUGGCACCUUUUACAUAGAGUAUGAGCAGCAUAACAAUGGCUCAGUGGAUCCAUACAUGUAUCAUGAGAGAGAUAUUGACUACUCUCUUAUGAAAGAUGUUAAAUCUUUUGAUCUGGCCUUGAAGAAAUAUGAAUUUUUUGAGAAAUUUAACUGGAAGGCAAAGGAAGAGUCUUUUAUCAGAACCAAAAGAAGUGUGGACCCAUCCCGAACAACAUGUCUCAUAUAUUUGAAGGCUGACUACUUCUUUUUCAAAAGAUUUAGGAACUUACAAGAAGCGAUAUCUCAGAUCGCUGGAUACAUGAGAUCAGUAAAUGCAAUUUAUGAAAAAGUCAACUUUAAUGGCAUCAGACAUAUUAACUUCAAAGUAAAGGUCUUAAAUAUAAUUCAGGAGGAGCAGCCCAAUAAUGCUAUGCAUGGAGCUUAUAUAGGACCAGAAAAACUCCUAAUGUUACACUCCAGCUCCAACUGGAAUAAUGUCUGCCUCUCAUACUUACUGACAAAUAGAGAUUACAAUGGGAUCCUUGGACUUGCAUGGACAGGAAAAGAAGGGAAUAAUGGAGGCAUAUGUUCUAAGUUUUCCAAGUUUAAAGAUGCAUCUGACACUGAACAAUCACUGAACACAGGCAUAGUAACUAUACAAAAGUAUGGGCAAUAUUUGCCACCAAGACUGAUCCAUAUUACUCUGGCACAUGAAUUUGGACAUAGCUUGGGUUCUCCUCAUGAUAAAAGCAAUGAAUGUGCAAACUUCACCGUCUCCAGUCCCAAUGGAAAUUAUUUGAUGUUUCCCUACGCCAUGGAUGGAAAUCAGUACAAUAAUGACAAAUUUUCUAACUGUUCAAUUCAUUACAUCGCAUCUCUUUUGAAAGUGAAAAAGGACAGGUGUUUUGUUGAGAGUGGACGGCCAAUAUGUGGCAAUCAAAUAGUGGAAGAUGGAGAACAAUGUGAUGUAGGACUUAAGGACAAUGACAUGUGUUGUUAUGGUGUCAAUGCAGGAGAAGGUUUGCAGUGUACAUUAAGGCCUGGGAAACAGUGCAGUCCCAGUCAAGGACAGUGCUGUAAUAACUCUUGCUUAUAUAAGCCGAAAGGAGGACUUUGUCGAGAGGAAGCUGAAUGUACAUUUAAAAGUUUCUGCUUGGGGGAAAGUUCCAUAUGUCCAACUUCCACUCCAAAAAGCAACUACACCUUGUGCAAUGCAGGAACAAGGAUCUGUCUGAAUGGGAUGUGUCGCCAAUCAAUUUGCGCAAAAUAUGGCUUAGAGCAAUGUGAUUGUGAUACUCAAUCCUUGUAUAAUAAAUGCCAGCUCUGCUGUCAAAAACCAGGUGAUGUGUAUUCCUGUAGAAGUACAAAGUCUUCAGAACUGGGACACCUCUUUAAUAUGACUGCAAUAUCUCUUCCUGCUGGUGCACCAUGUGAGCAAAGGCAAGGUUAUUGUGAUAAAUUCCAUGUCUGUCGACUUGUUGAUGCAGAUGGGCCCAUUGCCAGACUGAAAAAUUCAUUCUUGAAUUUAAUAGAAUUUGACCCUGCCGCCUGGAUGAAGACACGAUGGUGGGCUGUUCUUCUGAUUAUUUUGACGAUGGGAGCAGUGAUGGCUGGAACAAUAUUGAUAUUUGGUCGGACUCUGGACUCUAAUAAAGCAAUAAAUACAAGGAAGGAAAGUAAGAAAACUGACAGAACUAAUCUUAGAAGAUCCAAUACUGAUCAUCAUAGAAGACCUAUAUGUAACCAAAGAGAAGAAGUGUAUAUGGCGUCCAUUUAUGUACAGUCUGAGACAAGACUCUAGAAUGUACACGUCUGAAUCUAAAUUGUGGCUAUGUGGCUACCGGGGAAGGUAGUAAUAGCACCACAGCUGGAUCUCAAUGGGUUAUGAACAAGAUGAAAGAUGGUCAGAUGUCUAGAAUUUCACACCCCUGAUGGCAAUGAAUUCACUUAAAUGGCUUUUCCAAGAUUUUCAUUGCAAAUUGCUAUCACUUGACUUUGGACUGUGUUCAGACUACACUUUUUGCCUCAUUCCUUGAUGCUUCGCACCGGUGUCUCUGACCCCAAUGAGUUAGCCUUUAACUACACAAGGACUAUUCCAGAAGGUAGUGGUGGUUGGUUCCGUGCCGCGAAGUACAGAUUCCUGUGCAGGGGUUAAAGGGUGAAUUCCAGGGAACUUCCUAGACAACGCCCUUAGCUUUAGCCCAAAGUCAAACUGGUUAGUUGGCACAAUGGCUCCACACCCACUGCCUGUUACAGUAUUGAUGACCUAUCCUCAUGAUAGGUCAUCAAUAUGAGAUCAGUGGGGAUCCAACUCCCUGCACUGCCGCUGAUCAGCUGUAUAAAGAGGAGUCGGCGCUCAGUGAGCGCUUAGGGUACCCAGCCUAGGUGCAACUCAUUACCAUUCAAAUGAAUGGGUCGAGCUGCCAUAGAAAGCACAGCUGCUAUCAAAUGGACAUCACUAUGCUUAGAAAGAAGUGAGGAGGCCACAGUGCUCACAGAAACGCAGCAGUAUUCUCACACAGCUGAUUGGCAGGGGUUCUGUGAGUUAGAUCCCCCAAUGAGAUCUUAUCCCCAAGAUAGGUCAUCAAUAUGAUAAUCCAAGAAAACCUCUUUUUUUUUAUAUUUUAUAAUAUUUUUACCCAAAAAUCUAGUCAAAGGAGGCAAGUAGUCAGACAGUACAUAUUAGUCCUGAUUCCCACACAAAGUGAUUGACAGCUCUCGAUGUAUAUUCACUGAGAUGGGGUAUUAUAAGAGAUGACACUAAGUACUACAGGGGUAUAUGUUCGACUAUCAGAAACAAUAUACUGCAAAACACUACUACAUUCGCUUCAGUGAAGAAAAAGAAGUCCAGAGGAUUCAUGUUUGUACUCCUUUUGACCUGCUUGCCAUUUGUUUUCUGUAGACUACACUAUUCUGUCCUGGAACAAAGGUGGAAACUAAUGACAAGCAGGUCAAAUGGAGUCCAAAGAUGAAAAAAAUUUACUUGUCGCAGUAUAAAUUUGAAUACAGUUUUUAGGUAUAUAUAUUCGAAUCCAGCAGAGAGGAUAAAAAACCGUGUGAACUCAGCUUAGAUAAUAAAAAUAUAUUUAUAUAUACAGCUUUUGUAACCGCUUCUAGUCAUCCAGUAAAACAGUAAAUUAGUUAAAUUGUGUUAACAUAAAAUAAUCUAACAUCUGGCCCAGGCUGCUGUAUCACAAAACCAUAUUUGUGGCUUCUAUAUAUUGUAGGAACUGGAAUUUCUAUUCAGUGUAAAGAAUUUUUUUAAAUUAAAAUCUGUAUUUUCAUUAGAGAUUUAAAUUUAUGCUAACACACACCAUCUUGCUGGUUAACCCGAUGUUAAUGGGAAGGUAGCAAUGUGAAGGCAAUUGUUUGAAGCACAAAUAAAUCUUCUGAAGAAAUGCACAGUAUAUUACAGUACACUGUAGAAUCUGUUUCUCGGUUACCGCAGCAUACUUUCCAGUCAUGUAAGGUCUGAAGGACCUGGACCUCCACAGACAUAGUAUUCAUUUUAAAAUCCUGGAAAGCUCCAUUUAACACUGCUAACAUUUUAUUUUAGGAUGAAGGCCUGCGCACACAAUGAAACUAUACAAAACACACUUGAAUGAGUCAUAGCUAGACCUUACUUCUCGUGAAACAAAGAUUUAAAGGUUGUGUACACCUUUUUAAUUGGCAUUUAUUAAAAAUAUUCAGCCAUUCUGUCACAAAGGGUUAAAUGUUUUUCUAACUGUGUGGCUCAUCUAAUCACCUUUAUCACUAAACUAUUGAGAGGUCAUAAACACUUAGUUAAGCCACAUUCUUAUCAGUAACAUAAGAACUGAGCUAUCACAAGUAUUUAUAAUGUAAGAGAGCAGAGAUAAGGAGUCCUUCCCAGAUGAUGGCAAAUACUGCUACUACAGUAUCUCAGCUAUGUACAAACCUUAGACUAAACAGUAGAAAGAUGCAUCAGAUUUAUCAACCAGCAUCAACCACUGUGAUAAAUCUGUUGCGUUUAAGACUAAGGCUACUUUCACACAGGGUUUUGGCUUUCCGUUUGUGAGAUCCGUCAUGGGCUCUCACAAGUGGUCCAAAACGGAUCAGUUUUUCCCUACUGCAUUCUGCUUAGAAUGCAUCAGUUCGCUUCCGUUCAUUCACCAUUCCGCUCUGGAGGUGGACAUUAAAACGCUGCCUGUCCGUCCUGGAAUGC